AUGGGCAGCACACAACUCGCACAGACCUUGCUGCAGUCGGCGCGCGUCGCCCCGGAAAUCUUCCAGCUACGUCCGGAUUACCGCGCACUCUUGAUGGUGGUCGAGGGAAUUCCUCCAGGUCCUAGUGAUGAGGCCAGUGAGGCUUUCCUCCAGGAGGCAGAAGCUACCGUGAAAGAAUUGCUCUCAAAGUCCGCCGUGACGGAACUCCCACAUAUCGCCGCGUGGCGGGAGGCGUAUAAGGCUUUCGGAGCCAAGCCCCAGAAAACACGCAACAGCCUUGAGGCGUUGACACGGCGUGCAGCAACUGGCCUACCCCGGGUCAAUCGGUUAACCGAUAUAUACAAUGCGAUUUCCGUCAAGCAUCAGAUCCCCUUCGGUGGCGAAGACCUUGACAAGUACGACGGCGCGCCGUUUCUAGUACGCGCCACUGGUGAGGAGCCCUUCCAGACUUUCUCUGGAGGAGAGCCUCAGACAGAACUGGCUGCACAUGGGGAGCCGAUUUGGUGUGAUAAUACUGGCAUUACGUGCCGCCGCUGGAACUGGCGACAGGGCCCACGCACAGCGCUGACGGAUGACACCACGCGAGUACUGUUCAUUCUGGAUGCAUUGGAACCGCUUUCCGACGAUACUCUUCAGCAAGCUGCGGACGAACUGGCUUCGGCACUGAAAGGUCUGUCUCCAGAAGUACAGACAUCACAACGAAUUAUAGACGCUUCUUCAGUUUGA